UCACACAGCCGCACUCAUUCCGCAGUUGGCAGCGUUAUUGACAUCGCCGCUGCCGAGAUCAGGCGCCGAUGCCUCCUUUUCGCAUUCAGCUUGACGUCUCAUUCCCGGCUUCACCUCGUCAUCUGGACCAUUUUCCGAAUCGGCUGCGUGUCCAGACUCAUUUGACGCAUCAAGAUUCUCAUUUUCAGGUCUUCCUUCACGUUUGGGUUCAUUCUUGCUCUGUCGUCUGAAACGACGGUUGUAGUAAUUACCACGACGUCUCGGUCCACUAGGCUUCCCCGUUGUAGUGCCGGUGACUUCACCAUUUGCUGCCACCUGCCCAUCAGAGACGGGUACGGGACCACUGGCAUCUUCCGUUGGCUGUUGGCGGCUACGUCGUCCGCGGAAACGGCGACCCUGUCUUCUGCCUCUAACAGGUUUCUUUCCUUCGCCAUCAGCUGGGCUGCCCUGGUUGGUGUUGACGGGAGAUUUCUUUUCAGUGUCAUUUUCACGUGGCCCUUGGCGGCGAUUGGGACGAAAACGGUACAACAGUACUCUUUGAUACUUGGAACCUUUCACAUUUCCACCGUUUGGCCCUGUCACGUUCGAUGCUUCGGGACCUUUGCGCCCUUCGACGAUAUCAAACUCAACUUCUUCCUCAUCAGCCAAUGUACGCAGGUAGAACUUUUCGGUUUGCGACUUUGAAAUAGCACUCUGAUGCACGAAGAUGUCCGGCUUGCCGUCGGCACGAGAAAUGAAACCGUAGUGACCAAGGACGGAAUACCACUUUACGUGACCUUUGAGACCAGUCUCUACCACCUUCUUUGUCAUCUGCUCCUCCUCCCAAAUACGGCGACGUUCCUCGUCCGUCAUUCGAGCAAACUGGAAUAUUUCAUUCUGAGUACACACAGGGAAGGACGAACACGUGAGACUCACUCUACGCUCGCGACGUUCGCUCUUGCCGUCUGUGGCGGUGGUUACUUUCUUAACCUCCAUAUUGUUCCCAUCGACGAUCUUCAUCGCUUCGACCUUCUUCUCGAGGGCCUCUACGGCCACCUCGACAGGCGCUGUCGACAUCGUGGAGAGCUCGUACGCACCCAGGAGAUUUCUGAAACUCAACCCAUCAUACACGGUGGGCAAGACCUCACGCCAGUUCCACCACAGUGUAAACCCCAGCUGAUGAGGUAUUAG